CAGACUGAGACACCUUAACUUAUUUCCGUUAUCUUACCGUAGAAUACAGGGUGAUCUAAUAUUGGCUUAUCAUAUACUGAACGAUGACUUUGGUAUUAACAUGCCUUAUUUUUUACUUCCUUCUAGGACUAAUCGUUUGAGAGGACAUUCGAAGAAAGUUCAAAAACCGAGAUCAAAUCGUUUACGUCUGGAGUUUCGUUUCUCGCACCGAGUAGUGAAUUACUUUGAUUCUCUACCGGGACACGUAAUAUCAGCACCUUCUGUAGAUAUAUUCAAAACGAUAUUGGACCUCCACAGUAUUACAAACUGCAAGGAUUAAUAUAGAUCGGUAGACCUCCUAUCCUUAUUACUGAAGACUGAAGUUGUUUGCCCUUCAACGUUCGAUUCUUGUACUUGCAGAUACUGAACAUAGAAUAUUAUUUAAGGCACCUCUUUCGUUUGUGUGGUUGUGGUGAUGAUUCGUUCGACGGCUGUCAACUUUAUAAAAAGUUGCCAUAAAACUGUCCCAUAUAUUUAUUUUAAGCCAUGUGCAAACCAUUCUACUAAUCCAGAAUAUGUAAAUGCAACCGAGCCUUACGAAGUAUUCAGAUCCCGUUUCGUGAAUGCAUUUGAUGAUCCAAAAAUUGACGGUUGGGAGGCUAGAUCAUGGAUGCAGAAACUUCAUCUAGAAGACGCCGUUCCGCCCCCAGAAGUGGUGAUUAGUGGCCUUAAGGCUUGUAGACGCAUCAACGACAUCGCUCUGGCUAUAAGGUUUAUUGAAUGUGUGAAGUUUAAGUGCCACGUUGCCAAAGGUGCUUGGGAGUGGCUUCAAAAAGAGAUUGAACCCACAAUGAAACAACUCGGUUUGCCAACUUUAGGACAACUUGGAUAUGACGAACCUGAGUUGGCUCUAAUUGACUAUGACGAUUAAUAGCAUUGUAUAAUCCAGAGAAAAAUACAUAGAGUUGUUCUGUUGGAACUAUUAUCCCUUUAUCACACAUGAUAGCUGAUGUGGUUCUGAUCUGUUAGUAAAUUCAAUAUGACCAUUUCUAACAUUUCAGUCAAUGGGUAGUAAAUAGUGAGUUUUAGCUCCUACCGACCAAAUACACUCCUGCUCGCAAGUACUUGUUUUGUCAGCUGAAAAUUUUAUUUUUAAUCAUCUCACGUACCCCUGUCAUAAGCUCUUGUGAUCUGAAAGAGUAACACGGCAGUAGAUCAAAUGACAGCGUUGAAAUUAUAUCUUCAAUAAGAAAAUUGUCAUGGGUUUUUGAUUACCAGUUACUCGAUUUUAUAAGCAGUAACAGCUGGUCGCCAGUAUUCCUAACAUGUUAGGAGCUACCUCAGUUCUCCACUUCUUUCUGUUAAAAAUAGAUAUGUGAAGAAUCAAUAGAACAUUGUCUGUUACAUAAGAUCACAUUUUAAUGGGAUAUGUAGACACCGUCCUACAACGUCAAUUAACAAAGUAUGCAUUUUAAAUAAUUCAUGGGAAAAGACAAGUUUUUACACAUUGUGUUCACCCCUGUGAUAAAAUUGUAUUUGGUCUCUUAUGUGUAGUCGUGAAAAUACUGCAAUCGAUCUUUAGAAAUCAGAAAACCUUACUCGCCAGUCAGGGUCAUAACUCCGAAAUUCAUCAUAUGCUUACCUUGAUUCUCUUGGAUGCUUAUCUGUCUUGCAGAAGAUGCUCGUAAAAAGUUGUCAUCUUUUCUUAAAUCACGACUCUGAGGAACGCAACGUAUUGUGCGACUGGUUGUCUUCUAUCAAGCAUUACGCUCUAGCUGUAGCAAAACGAGAAAGUACAAUAAAUUCGUGACAUACACAUUUUCGAAUAAUGACUGCCUCAGCCACGGCGGUGGUUUGCUUUGAAGAAGUACUCAUCUGCUAACGUUUAAGUAGGAAGGUUUAGUGACCGGAUGGGUAACUUCCAAAAACACUGGCAUUUUAAGUUUUCUGCAGAACUUGCUUCAAAACCCAACUUCUAUAUAUACAGUGCGGAUUUACUGUACUAAAGACCAUUUGUAAAGGUGAUACUAUUAAUCCAAGGCUAAAAGAUUGUUCUGAAUAUAUAGCGCAAAUACAUCACAUUUUCCAGAUCAUCUCCACCUUCCUACUGUCCUGUCAAAAGAAAUUUGAAUGGAAACCACAAUGCCUUAAAAUAGGACUAGAAAUAAAGGGUUGCACUAUUACUUGAGGCUUAUUAUUCCACAUUCUGUUCUCAUCUGAAAUCAGGAAUUCCGAAAAUAACCUUUUAAACACGGG